AUGAAAUCAGAAUUAUCAGGAACCUUUGUGGAUCAGCCGAUCAAAUCAGAACCUAGAGACAAAACUUCUCCACAUCCUAUGAACAGUCCGCAAUAUGCUGUCCAAGAAAACUACCAGCAGCAAUGGAACAUACAGAACCUGAACGUCCUGGAACCAACAAACAUGUUGAACGCCCAACAGGGAUAUCAGGAGAUGCAAUGGGGGCAAAAUUACGUACAAAUGUCGCCCAUAAUGUCCCCAAGCGAGGCAUCACUUUCCCCCAACAUGAUGUCCCCGAUGCACGGACAAGCUAUGUCCCCUGUGGGACGGGUUUCACCUAUGUCCCAUGCGUCAAUGGGACAGGUAUUGACGCCUAUGAGCAAAAUUUCCCCCAUGCACGGAGCUAUUUCGCCGAAUUUGGUGAAUAUGCCUUCGAUGGGUCAUAUCUCGCCAAACCCUGGACAUAUUACACAUAACAUGGUCCAACAACAACAGCAGUUACCUCAACAAGAUCUGAUGGAGAGCGUAAACGACACGCCAUCUCUCAGCGGCCUCUUGGAAGACCGCGGUGAUUUAAGCCAACUUAAUUCUGGCGAUCUUUCCGGGUUGGUCUCCAUGCUGAAUCGAGGCCAGGACCUUAGUGACAGUCUCAACAGACUCUCCACUAAUGAACUCUACCGAGCGUGA